UUGCAGAUCAGUAUUGCUGUACAGUGCCUCUCGACGGACUUCAGCAAUCAGAAGGGUGUCAAAGGACUUCCGCUACAUAUUCAAAUUGACACCUAUGAUGAAAAUGACAGCAGCGAGGUACCGUUCCACAGAGGCUACUGCCAGAUCAAAGUAUUCUGCGAUAAGGGUGCCGAACGAAAAUUGCGAGACGAAGAUAAGAGGGCUCAAAAACGUAAAUUAGCAGAAAAUGAAAAGAAGAUUAAGGAUGGGUUUCUGAAUCCAGUACCGCAAUUUCAAGUUAGUACCAAACGUGCUGUACUAGUUCGUCAUCGUUGUCGUUGUCGUUUUCCUGUACAAGGUGCUAACCGAAAAAUGCUACAUGAGACACGUCGGGAUGAAAAACGCCGACUUCAAGGCCGUAAGAAGUCUGAAGGCGAGUACCAUGAGCCGUGUGAACGGUCAGAAUUUUACCAUAUGAGUGAUCUCACCAAACGUGCUGCAUUGUUUAUUGGUCCCGAUGAGUAUGAUUCCCGGUAUCUUGAUGCCAGUCUAACGUUUGAUCCGUUGUCUGAGCUUGAACCGAUCGCUAAGCGGCCGAGACCGUCAGAACGAGUAAUGCUCUACGCAAAAAAGCGUGAUGAACGGUUUUUCACAGCGUUACAUUUGGUUCCUCCAUCAUUGUCCGGUCUGCUGGAAGCCUUGAAUAAAACAUAUGGUGUAGAACGAGAAAAGGUGACUGGACUGUAUAAACAGUGUUUGAAAGGUGUAACGGUAAAGUUAGAUGACGAUAUGAUAAAACACUAUUGUAAUGAAGACACAUUUAUUAUUGAAAUUGAACAAGCAUCUGAUGAUCCGUCGUGCUGUACAGUAACGUUAGUUGAAACUUUGGUGGAAUCGCCACCGUCACAAUUCAGUGCUCCAUGA